AAAUGACUGGGAUAAUUCCAGAUAGCGUAUGCACACGACAUUCGGUAUUUUUUCACUCGUUGCCCGGAAUGUUCAAAUUCAUAAAUGUACAUAUGUACAAGUUCCGUUCUUUAAAAAUUUUAAUUUUGAUCACAAGAGAUGUAUAGUUUGAAGCGCGCUAUGUUUUCUCAAUUUUUUGGGUUUAUGUGUUUUUGGAUAAUUCUUCAGCAAGUCGCAGUUAUAUUAGCCAAUGACAAUAUAUCGGAUUAUAUAAGGAAAUGUUGCAUAACUGGUUUGCGCCAUGCGCGAACAACUGCCUCCUGCACAAAUGUCGAUGUAUCCCCAACAAUCAUCCCAAAACUAUGGCUGGGACUAUGUCAUUCAACGCUCGAAGUCUGCUGUUCCCAGGAACUGGACCGUCAAAAUUGCGAACUGGGUCGGCUGGCUGCCCUGGAAGGUACUCGCUGCAGCAGUAAAGAAAAUGGGACUUCUAGUUCUUAUGCAACCUGUUGUCGGUCCUGUCAAAUUGGAUUGGCAGUAAAGGCCAGUAAGGUUAACUGCAAAGAUCCAUUAUUUUCAUUUUUUUCCUCAAUUGAAUCAUAUCGGGCCUGUUGCUAUGAAACUGCAGAUUUUAAGUUAGGUUCUGAUACAUUUCAAACUAAUGAAAUGUCUACUAGUGAUGAGGCACGGAACCCAUUAGAGUCUCAAUAUGAUGUCAACGGUACCAUUGUUUUAUCUGAAGACGAUGACAUUUGUGGAAAAAUUGAAAACCUUUGCGAACACAUUUGCGAAAACACAUUUGAUGCGUAUCAGUGUAAGUGCCACACCGGCUUUACUUUGGAUAACAACAACGUUACUUGCUCACCGAUAAAGACUCACAUUUGUCCAAGCGGCUUUAAUUUAAAUAAAUUGGAAAACAAAUGUAUUGACAUUGACGAAUGCAGGGAGGACCUUCAUGAGUGCAAAAUAAACCAAUACUGUCACAAUACGAAUGGUGGCUACCACUGCUUAAAUGUGAAAUCAAAAGAAUGUCCAUCGGGAUAUCACUAUGAAAGUGAAUAUGAUGAGUGUAAAGAGGAUAGUGAAUGCAAAAAUGAUAGCUCUAAAUGCCCAUUUGUUAAAACUCAAUCAUGUGAAAAUGGAUUUAGCUUGAAAAACGGAAGCUGUACUGAUAUUGACGAAUGUGCGCACACUUUAUCGAACGACUGCGAUAAUAACAAUCAUCAGGAGUGCAUUAACACUGUGGGGAGCUAUUUUUGCCAAUGCCAGACUGGAUUCAACAUGGAUGGUAGUCUAAAUAAGUGUGUUGAUAUCAAUGAAUGUUCUAUCAAUAACCACAACUGCCUGCCAACUCAGAGAUGUGAUAACACUAUUGGAUCAUAUAUAUGCACGCGUCUGCAAAGCUGUGGUACAGGCUACACAUUAAAUGCGGAAACGGGAAACUGUGACGAUGAUGAUGAGUGUACACUGAAUUCACAUAACUGCCCCUCAAACUACGAUUGCCACAACACGAAGGGAUCGUUUCGUUGUCAUCGGAAAACCACCACGAGCUCAACAACGUCAACCACAAUGGCGUCUAUAGUAUCAAAGCCGGCGCCAACGGCAAUUAAUUCUCGAUAUCCUUAUCCUUUAGCCAUACAACUGGAUAAUAUACGCCCCAAACUUGGUCCAAUUGCAACAUCAAGAUCGGACUGUUCCGCUGGGUUUUACAGGAAUAAGCUAGGUGCAUGUGUAGAUACCAAUGAAUGUGUGGAAAUGAAUCCUUGUGGUAACCAUCAACGUUGCAUAAACACAAACGGCCACUUCCGAUGCGAAAGCCUUCUACAGUGCUCACCCGGAUACAAAUCAACAGCAGACGGGAAAUCAUGCAUAGAUAUUGACGAGUGCGAAACUGGAGAACACAAUUGUGGCGAACGGCAAAUCUGUCGUAACCGAAGCGGUGGCUAUAUUUGCUCCUGUCCUUUGGGUCAUGAACUUAAGCGGCUUGUCGACGGGGUCAAUACAUGUGUGGACAUAGAUGAAUGCGCUUUGGAUCAUCGCGUAUGUCCAUCAAAUGCAAAAUGCUUUAAUACCAUAGGCUCUUACUAUUGCGAGUGCAAAGAUGGGUUUCAAAAGAAAGCUGAUAAUAGUAACAAUACACAAUGCUUUGACAUCGAUGAGUGUCGUGAGGUACCAGGUCUUUGCCAACAAAAGUGUAUCAAUUACUGGGGCGGAUAUCGAUGUACAUGCAAUUCCGGAUAUCAACUUGAUCUCGACAACCGCACUUGCAAUGAUAUAAAUGAAUGUGAAGUGCACAAGGACUACAAACUAUGUAUGGGAUUGUGUACCAACACUCCCGGAUCCUACCAAUGCUCCUGCCCACGUGGUUAUACCUUAUCUGCAGAUAUGAAUACUUGCCGUGACAUCGAUGAAUGUGCAACUGAUUCUAAUAAUCAAGUUUGUACAGGGCGGAACGACAUUUGCACUAACACCCGAGGAAGCUACAAAUGUACCACUGUUAAUUGUCCAUAUGGAUAUUCUAUUGAUCCAGAUCAAAAAAACCGAUGCCGACAAAACACAAACUUCUGUGAAGGAGAAGAUUGUUACACCCAACCGUCAGCUUACACAUAUAACUUUAUAACCUUCGUAUCUAAGUUAGUUAUACCUCCGGACGGUCGAACCAUUUUCACAUUGAGAGGUCCACUUUGGUAUGAUAACAUCGAUUUUGAUCUCCGAAUUGUUCGCAUACAAGUUAACAGCAAUAUUCAAGGAGCAACUGAUAAAAAUUUUGACACCUUAAAAAACAACAACCAAGUGAGUGUGUUACUUAAAAAGCCGCUCGACGGGCCACAGGAUAUUGAACUGGAAUUAAGUAUGACCGUAUACACAAACGGAAUGCCUCGUGGAAAAAGUGUGGCAAAAUUAUUCCUCUUUGUAUCCCAGCAUACGUUUUAAAAAUAAAUAAAUAAAUAAAUCAAAUAUGUGAUAUUUUCUAAA